GGCAAUUAAUCAUUAGAACUCUACGUGGCCCUGGAUGACUCGAAACUGCAAAUAUCAAAAUCUAACAGCCUACAUGCUUAGGGUUUCAUUCAUGCCAAAACCUCUCCAUUUUCAUUCACCAUGAAUCUCUCCACUGCUACUCUCAUCAAAUCCUAUCCUUUGUUUUCCAAAAUCAACAAUUUAUCUCCAAUUACAGGAAGGAUUUCUGGAUAUCGUCCUUCUGGUGUUAGAUUUCCACUUACCAUCACCAAAUGUUCUAUAGCUGAUGUUCCUUUAGCACCUCAAGCUACACACACUUCUUCAUCUUCAUCUUCAUCUUCAUCUUCACCUCCUAUAAUCUCAUCAAAAUUACCCAAUUUGCUGUUUUUGGAGGAGGAGAUAGAGAAGGUUAUUUAUAGAUGCCGUUUCUUGGCGAUUCUUGGGGUUUUUGGUUCCUUGAUUGGAUCAUUUCUUUGUUUUGUGAAGGGGUGCACCUAUGUCAUGUCAUCUUUCAUGGAAUACUUUGUGAAUCAUGGGAAAGUGAUUAUAUUGCUGGUAGAGGCCAUAGAUGUCUAUCUUUUAGGAACAGUGAUGCUGGUUUUUGGAAUGGGUCUCUAUGAGCUUUUUGUUAGCAAUCUUGACAUCGCAAAGUCAUUGUCAGGGGAAGGAGUACCUCAUAGAUCAAAUUUAUUUGGAUUAUUCACCUUGAAGGAACGACCAAGAUGGUUAGAAAUAAAAACUGUGAAUGAGCUAAAAACCAAACUGGGACAUGUAAUUGUGAUGCUUCUUCUGAUAGGUUUCUUUGAAAAAAGUAAGACAGCAGUUAUACAGUCUCCCAUGGAUUUACUUUGCUUCUCAGCUUCUGUUCUCCUUUGCUCUGGCUGUCUCUACUUGUUAUCUAAGCUCACUGACUCCAAAUGAUAGUAUGUACUAUGUUCUUUUCCUUUUCCACCCACUCAUCCCAAUUGGGUUUAGAAUAUAGUUCUGGCAAAUUGAUAUUAUCAUGCAAAUAUAUAUGUAUAUGUAUGCUGUACACUAUUUUAUAAGUUUAUGUGCUUGAAAUGUCACGAGGGGCCUACUUGAUUCAA